CAGCCACAAUAUCUCCCGCCCACCAAUGGCCUCCCGCCCUCACGCUCCCCCCACCCUAUCCUCUCCCUCCCCGACUCCGAGCAUUCCCCACCUCCAUGCAUGCCGCAGUAACACCUCCGCUCGGCUCAGUUCAGUUCUUGGUUGCUGUCUCCGCCGCCCGCGCGCUGCUGCUCCGUCGUCUCUUCCUCGUUGCCCCCGCCGCCUCGGUCGCGCAGGGCAGGUGAAGUGGGCACCAUGACGGCGACGCCGGCGGUGAUCGGGCUGAGCGCCGGCAACCGCCUCCUCACCACCUCCUUCGGUCCCACCGACGACGCCCACCCCGCCGCGCUGCAGUUCGCCCCCGCCGCGCCCAAGCUCACCGUCGUCGCGCAACGCCCCUCCUCCUCGCCCCACAUCGGCGGCGGCUCCUCCCACGCCCGCGCGCACGCCAUCCGCGCGCUCAGGAACCACUCCGCGCCCGCCCUCGCACCGCCUCCUCCUCCCUCGGCGCCGGCUGACGCGGAGCUGACCCCGGAGUCGGAGUACGAAUUCGAGUCGUCCCUCGACGCCAUCGUGCUGCUGCAGCGAUCGAUGCUCGAGAAGCAGUGGAAGCUCCCCUUCGAGGACGACAUCUCCUCCACCGAGGAGGAGGAGGGCGACGGCAAUGAGAAGAGCCUUAGCAGGGCCACGGUGGUGGUGGCGCGGUCGGGCUUGUCGGCACGGCAGAGGCGGAUUAGCGGGCGGCGGCGGGGAGCUGGGCGGAAGAGCGUGAGCAUCAGCCCGGAGCUGAUGCAGAGCCGGAACCGGAUCUACCUCCGGGGCACCGUCAGCAAGGAGCUCCUCACGCACAAGCAGGUCGUCCAACUCUCCAAGAAGAUCAAGGAUGGCAUCUGGCUCCAGCACCAAAGAUCAAAGCUGAAGGAGAAAUUGGGGAAUGAGCCGUCAUACAAGCAGCUGGCGCAAUCGCUACGGAUAUCACCUCCCGAGCUGCGAACAAGGAUGCGCGAGUCGUUUCUCGCGAGGGAAAUGCUAACAAUGAGCAACAUCCGUUUGGUCAUAUCCAUUGCCCAGAAGUAUGACAACCUCGGUGUCGAGUUGGCAGACCUUAUUCAGGGUGGUCUGAUAGGGCUACUCCGUGGGAUCGAAAAGUUUGAUGCCUCAAGAGGCUUUAGGAUUUCCACUUAUGUAUACUGGUGGAUUCGUCAGGGCGUUUCAAGAGCAUUGGCUGAGAACUCAAAAACAUUUAGGCUUCCUACUUAUUUGCAUGAGAGGCUGAUCGCGAUUCGUGGUGCAAAGUAUGCGUUGGAAGAUCAGGGAAUUGCUCCAACAAUAGAGAACAUCGCAGAGUCGCUCAAUAUAUCAGAAAAGAAAGUACAUAACGCUACAGAGGCUGUGAACAAGGUUCUUUCACUGGAUCAACAGGCAUUCCCCUCCUUAAAUGGCUUACCUGGCGAGACACUCCACAGUUAUAUAGAGGAUCAAAACGUCGCAAAUGAUCCAUGGCACGGAUUUGAGGAGGGGUAUCUCAAGGAGGAAGUCAACAGUCUUAUAAAUUCUACUCUCAAUGAGCGUGAGAGGGACAUUAUUCGGUUGUAUCAUGGCAUAGGAAAACAGUGCCAUACAUGGGAGGAUAUUAGCAGACAGUUUGGGUUGUCGAGGGAGCGUGUGCGGCAAGUAGGACUCAUCGCGAUGGAGAAGCUGAAGCAUGCCGCGAGGAGGAAACACUUGGAUGCAUUGCUCGAGGAUUAUUGAGUUGAGGUGUUUUUCAUUUGAGUUGGUUCCACACACUUAGCGGUUGUAUAUACUCGGAAACAUAGGAUACAUCAUCCUUGAAAGGCUUUACUGCCACUCACUCUGCAGAUAAUCAUACCUGUAAAUUUGUGACAAUAGGCAUGAAUGAUCAAGAUAUCUAUGCCUGCGUAAUCAUCAAGGCGAUCCAGCAAAAAAGAGAGGCCACUUUUUCCUUGGAAGCUUCACAAAUUUUCUGUAAUAUAUGUAUAUGUAAUGUAUCAUUUAGCACCUCAAUGAGUAGAGCAACUACAUUUAUGCCC